UGUCAGUUGUCAUGAAAGUAAUCCAGAAAUGAUAACAGUUCAAUCGUUUCGUAGUGAAUAAUUUUCUUUAUUUUAAGAUAUAUUAUCAGAUGGAAUUGGAUGAUAAUUUACCUCUACAUAGUCUUUAAACGCGGUAUUAAUGGCCAAACUACCGAAUGGCUGGGUUCAGCUGGUACCUUUCUGAGGGCUUCCAAGUUAUAAUAGAGAAGUCGAAAGAAGCAAAAUGCUCUCUAAAAGAUGUCCAAUUGCGUUUCUUGUGCCCUGAUGACCUUGAAGAGGUGAGAUCUCUAUGCAGAGAUUGGUUUCCAAUAGAGUACCCACAAUCUUGGUAUGAGGACAUCACUUCAUCAGAGAGAUUCUUUGCCCUCGCUGCUGUUUACAAGUCACAAAUCAUCGGCCUCAUAGUAGCUGAGAUCAAGCCUUAUCUAAAAUUGAAUGCGGAGGACAGAGGGAUAUUGUCAAGAUGGUUUGCAUCAAAAGACACACUUGUUGCCUACAUACUAUCUUUGGGUGUAGUCCACUCGUACCGUCGUUCGGGCGUGGCGACCAUGCUGCUCGACGUGCUAAUCAACCACCUCUCCGGCCCGGUGCCGCAGCCCCCGCAUCAACACAGGGUCAAGGCUAUAUUCCUACAUGUACUCACAACUAACUCAGAAGCUAUAUUCUUCUAUGAAAAAAGAAGAUUCAGACUACACUCGUUCCUACCGUAUUACUACCUAAUAAAAGGCCGCUGCAAAGACGGCUUCACGUACGUGUACUACCUGAACGGGGGUCACGCGCCGUGGGGGCUUUACGACUACGUGAAGUUCGUGGCGCGGGCGGCGUGGCGCGGCGGCGGCCUGUACCCGUGGCUGUGGAGCAAGCUGCGGCCGGCUCUUACCAUCGUAUGGCACAGGUAGUCCACCUAAAUACAUUUUUGUUCCGGCCGUAGUGUCACCCGUCUUCAGCUGACAAAUUGGGAUACAUCUCGGAACUGAUGAAUUUGUGGCACUCUUUGUUUAUGGUUUUUUUUUGUUUUGUUUGAUAAAUUAAAGGUUCUGGCUAAAUCUUUGAAGUGUUAAGCUUCCUUGGGUAGAUUUUUCCAAAUUAAGGAGAAAUGUUGAUUAUGUAAACGAAAGCAUUUUCGUAAUUUUUGGUAGCAUGACACGUGACAUUUUGUACAACGCACUAAAUGUGACACAUUAUGUUUAUUAUUAAAGCAGACUACUUUUAAAGAAAUAUUUUUUAUGAAUAAUUUAGUUUACAACAUGUGUUUACAGAUCAAUCGCGUUUCGAUGUCGGUCGUACGUUAACGAUGCGUAGCAGCCGUAUACAAUAGGUACUAUGAUUAAAAAGCGUGCUGUGUUGUUUGGCUUCAUCAUUAGCAUGUACAAAAUAGUUUACUUUAUGAAUUGGUAACUCAAAAACAGAUUAGUUGCAUUUUAAACAGGUUUCUAUUCGAUUCGGCGGAUUCUGACAAUUGUGAUAAGUAAUAAUAAUAACUCUUUACAAAAAAACCAUAGACCCAUAAACAGAUAUACAACAUUUAUUAACACACAUUGGAUGCCUUCACCAGAAGUGCUUUGUAAAGAUUUGAUAACAUGGUAUUAUAGGUUGAUGCGUGACACUUUUUUAGAUGCUGAACUCAUUGAAUUGUUUACGUCAUCGAGUGUUUCAUUAAUAAGAUUACUAAUAAACAUUAACAUAUGCACUGAAAUAUGUUAAUAUAAAACCUUUCAAAUUCUUUAAAUACUCUAUCGUCAAUUAUAACGUAAAUUUUCUUUAGCCAGACUUCCUUAAAAUUUCCCAAUUGUAAUCAAAUUAUAUUCAGCUGAAAAUGAAUACGUCAGUUAUCGUAACUUAAAAAUGUUGUGGCAAAAUUUCAAAACUCCGACAAAUUUGACUAACUUGGCAAUGUUUGGUAUAAAGAAAUGCAUGGUUACUCUUUGACUGUUAGAUAUUACAGCUUAGUAUAAUAGGAAAUAUUAUACUGAAAUUAUAUGUAGUGUUUAGCACAAAAUGUUUUAUAAUUACCUCAUCGUAAAGAUUCAUUAUGUCAAUACAAAUCGCUACCGCAAAGUAUUGCUGUCAGUCUGGUCAUACGAUGGAAGAAAUUGAAUGACUCAUCAUGCGGCCACAAAUGACACAAUUUGUCAUGGAACUAACCCGUUUUAUGUUAAUUAUUAUAGUUGUUAAGUUUAAUUAUUAUGAUUCUGUUAGCACGUUAUCUAAAAUAACCGUUAAUUUAUUGGUCGACGUUGUUAUUUAUAUGUGCAAGCAGAUUUUUAUUGUAUUUUUUUUAUUGUUAUUGAUGUUUCAUUACAAAAUCCAUAACAUAUUUAACAGUAGUCAAAACGAACGCUUUUUAACAAAUUUUUUUCCAGGAAUUAAAAUAUUACGUAGAGAGGCAGUCAUAGUGAUAGUCGCGAGAGAAUUUUGAAAAAUGUGAUUUUAUUUUAUUACAAUGCAGUACUAAGAUAUUUUUGAACAAAUUGAUACCAAGCUAAUUUGACACAACAAGAGUGGAUAUAAUAUUAAUUACCUUUUCAGUCGAAUUUCAUAGUGACAGUCUAUGUAAAUCGUUUAGAUCUCCUACCAAGGGCUUUUAAUUAAGUUCAUGCUCUUAUAUUGACAAUUUAGCUUGAAGUGAAACUGACAAUGUUGUUUGUGAUAAUUUUGUGUAUCCAAAGCUUUAAAUUAAAAACAUAUUGUAAUUUUCAUAAGUACGAAUUAAAAUUGUAUUUUGGGUUAAUAUGUAUAAUGUUCGUUUGACAUUUCGACGAUGGCAUUAUUUGCUGUAAAAUUAUGUACAGUAUUGUGUGCCAUGAUUACUGCCAAGAAAUAAAAGUAAGGUGCCUGUGUGUUCAGAAUAAUAUGUAAUAUUAUGAAUAAAUAAAUACUUAUGUCUCUUAAUAUAUGUAUAUCGAAAUGAAACUAUUCGUGCCGUUAUUUGAAAGUAUAAUUUUUAUAUUAAAACGAUGUACAAGUUAAAAAUAAUCCUUUGGCUCAAUUCAUAUUCUCAUAAAUUAUUAUUUUGUAAUAUUUUUUACCCCAAAAUAUAUCCAAACAUCCUAUGUGAAUUAAGGUCCUGAAAAGAGGCAGGUGUGUGGUAGUAGAUAGGAAUAUAGAGAACAUUACCCUGGACAAUAGCUAGUGUUAACACAAAGAAAGAAACGCUUAUAUUGAGCACUUGCUACAGAAGGCUAAAUCUGAACCAACCGCGCCUUUACAAUUCCCACGCACGUGACAAAUCCCAGUGCAAAGGCCUGGCGAAGUUACUCAUUGUAAACCAAAGUGUAUUCUAUUAUUUUUACUGAAUAUAUUUAUGUUUGCUCCUUUUAUAAGUAUUACUUAUUUUAAGUAUUUUUUUUUUCAAUGAGUAUCUGUUACCUACUUUUUUGGACCAAAUUAUUUUUUGUGUAUUCCUCAAAAGUAUGAAAUGAAAAUUUUGUCUCUUGUGAUAUUUUAAUAAGAAUUUGAUUAUUUUUGUGAGUAAAUAAUCUUUUUACGGAUAAUGUACAUUUGAAAAUAGUAGAUUGUUUAAAAUUAUAAAUUACGAAUUGAUUAUUUUUCUCAGUAAUCUUAUGACACCAGCACUUCGUGACAUUUAAUAUAUUUGUGUUAUAAUGUAAAUUUUAUAUUUUACACCUUAGUAACUCAUGGAAAGUAAUUUUAGCUUUCAAAUAAAUAUAAUUGUUGACUAUUA